GUACCACAAGUAGCACCACCAUGGGGCAAAGUCGACGAGCACUUAUCUCGAGGCUCGUGACAGCGUGCCCAGGUCCUCCAACACGCAACACGCACAAUGCGCACCAUCCCACUCCUCGCCCUCGCCAGCAGUUCCGCGGCCCUCGCCCUCCCCUACGCCGCCGUGCAGGACGCGCUCCUCGCCGCGCUCGACUGGGCCGCCCCAACAGCCCCCAACACCCUGCCGGGCUUCUGCACCGUCACGUCGAAUGGGCACGACGAUACGCAGGCGCUCGCGGACAUCUCGAAGCGAUGCGGCAAGAACGGGGUCAUCACCCUCCCGAGCAAGGAGUACAUCAUCACCAAGCCCGUUACCCUCUCCCUGUCCAACGGAUACCUCUCCCUCAAGGGAUGGAUCACAUACACCGGCGACCACUUGCCUUCGGGCACAGCGGCACUCACCCUCGCGGGCUCCAACCUCGCCCUCACGAGCAAGGACGGCGGUGUGCGUGUGACCGGCGACGCAGUUGAGGGCUAUGCGCUGCACGUCAAGGCUACCAACUCGGCCGUGACGGGUUUCGGUGUCGAUUCGUCUGGCCCCGGCAUCCUCGUCGCGGACGUGUCCAACACGGACAUCUCGGGCGGGACCAUCACCGCCGCGUCCGGCGUGGUCGUCACCCGCGCGUCCAACAUGGCCAUCAAUGGCAUAACCUACACCGGGGUAGGCGACUGCGUGUCCGUGCAGGCCGGGACUGCGAACGUCGCUGUGUCCGACACGGAGUGCCGCGGCGCCGGGGUGGUCAUCGACGCGGCGGGAGAGGACGUGCAGAUCCGCAACGUCGCCAUUGGAGGUGUACGUGUUCUCCCUCUCGACGGCGCGCCCCCGGCGAGCGGGGUGCGAUUCCAGUCGACCGAGGACGCGUGGGGCCAGGCGGCCAACAUCUCCAUUGGCGUCCUGGAGGUCGAGGGCGCCACCAUCCCCAUCGCGUUGGACGGCGCCAACAGCGCCUUCAGCUUCCACCACGUCAACGUCACAGACGUGAGCGGGACGGCGGGCGGCGCCAAGGUCGUCCAGCUGCACUGCUCGCCUGCGGCGCCGUGCCACCACUGGCGGUUCAAGCACGUCGACGUCAAGGUCGAGGCCGCGCGCGAGAACUAUGUGUGCGACAAUGUGCCCGGGCUGCAUGUGCACCAUGCGGCGUGGGAGUGUCUCCCGAGUCAGUAGGCGGGCGGGUCGUCCGCACCGUCGUGAUGCAGCAACAGUAAC